AUGUCUUCUUUAAAAAGAAAGAGGACUCCAGCUUUCCGCCCUCCAAUUACACCUCGUACCUCACUGCGACGACGGGGCCACAGGGAGCCAUCAAGUCAAAGCCUCAGCAUUUCAAGUGGUCCUCCUCAAACCCCUAUCAUUUCAUCAGCAAGUCAAUUGCGUACUCCCUUUCCUACAGAUACCAAGAUCGAAACAGAUCGGUCGGUGAGGGCCACCGAUGAUGACUUCGAUGAUCAUGUCAUUGCUGCUAUCGACAUGAAGGAUCAUGGAACUGUGGGGUGUUCAUACUACUCAACUGAAGAAGAAAAGAUGUAUCUGCUUGGUGACAGUCGCUCAGGGGAUAUAGAGACAAUCGAAACUCUGCUUCUCCAAAUCAAACCUACAGUGGUUUUGACGCCUCCUCGUGUCGAUCUUAGUUCGCAGAAUCAAAAUCAAAAUCUGGCACAAGACGAUGUUUCUUCUGCCUACCUUCCUUACCAGAUAGACGUUCGUCCAACAUCGGAGUUCAGCUACUCUAAUGCAGAAAGCAAAAUCCUUGCGCUAGAUGUUUCAUCUACGCAUGAACAGCGCAUUCGGUUUUUCGUGCCUCAAAACGGCCUUGCCGGACCAGAAGAAGUGGACCCAGAAGAGAUGGGUUUCACACUCCAAGAAGGAAGACUGCUGCACAUCUCAAGCUCUGUUGACAUGGAGAACCCCGUAACUAUUGGUUGCGCAGGAGCCAUACUCAGCUAUCUGCAGCGACGAAGAGCUGCAUCAUCUAGCCUCCUCGAAGAAGGGAACGAGUAUCGGAUUAGAGCACUGCAGAUGUUCAAUAUACGGGAUACGAUGUGGGUCAACAGCAACACCUUCACCUCUCUUCAGAUUAUCCAGUCGGAGUCACACCCGAAUAUGUUCAAUCAAGGCCCUGGGAAAAAAUCAGCUUCAGGCAAAGAGGGUCUUUCAGUCUAUGGGCUCUUCCAGCACUUUGCAUACACCCCUCAGGGUAGGGCAAGGCUCAAGCAAAUAUUUUUCCGUCCCAGCGUGGAUCUGGAUACGAUUCGUGAACGGCAUGAUUUUAUAGGAGUCUUUUCUCGCCCUGACAAUCUUUCUGCGUUGGACAAGAUGACCAAAGCAUUGAAACACGUUAAAAACCUCAGGCCUAUCAUGGUCAAUCUUCGCAAGGGAAUUAGUACUGGCAGUGCUAAGAUUACUGGGUUCAAAACUACGGUUUGGGCUAGUCUUCUUGCUUUUGCAUUCUACUCUAUCGACAUCAAGGAUGCACUACGGGAGGUCUCGGGCGCGCAGAUUCUGACUCUCCGAAGCAAGGCUCUCAGAGUCUUUGAGGCAGCACAGCUGUACAGAGUUGGUCGUAUGGUUCAAGAAAUUGUCGAUAUUGAUAACUCUGAAGAACAAGGAAGAACAGUGGUUAAGCAAGGAAUUGAUAGAGAUCUUGACAAAAUCAAAGACAGAUACGAUGGUCUCAGUAGUCUUCUCAAGCACGUCGCCCUCGACAUUGCCGCAACAAUCCCGGCAGCUCUCGACAUUGACAUCAAUGUCAUUUACUUCCCUCAGCUUGGAUUCAAUAUUGCCAUUCCACUCAAUGAUCGUGGCAUCGCGGCGUAUACUGGCGCCGACAAUGAGUGGGAAUUGAUGUUCAUCACAGAGAAUCGGGCGUAUUUCAAAGACUUCCGCAUGAGAGAGAUGGAUGAGAAGUUGGGGGACAUAUACGCCAUGGAGAUGGAGAACUCAAAGUUCAACUUGACAGAAAAAGAAAUCGAGAUUGUAUACGACUUGGCGCAGAGGGUUCUUCGAUACGAAAAUGUGCUCGUCGAUGCCUCUGAUAUCUGUGGGGAUAUUGAUAGUCUUCUUGCUCUCACACAGGCAGCCGGCUUCUAUAAGCUGACUAGGCCACGGAUGAUGGAGCAAAACGUGAUCAAAAUCAAAGGUGGCCGGCACAUUCUUCAAGAAUUGACAGUUCCGUCCUAUGUGCCAAAUGACACCUUGAUUGCUGGUGGAAUUGAAUGCGAAUCCAAUGAUGCUGCUUCAUCCAUAGAUUGCAAUCCCAGCAUGUUGCUCUUAACUGGACCAAACUACUCGGGAAAAAGCGUCUAUAUCAAGCAGGAUCAGGUUGCUUUGAUUGUCUAUCUAGCACAGAUUGGGAGCUUCGUUCCUGCAGACAGCGCAGAAUUGGGAAUCACAGAUAAAAUCUUGGCCAAAAUCAAUACCCAAGAGAGUGUGUCCAAGAUCCAAAGCACAUUCAUGAAUGAUUUGCAGCAAAUUUCUCUCUGCCUGAAACAAGUCACAAAUCGAAGCCUGGUCAUCAUUGAUGAGUUUGGGAAGGGAACCAAUGAAAGCGAUGGCAUCGGUCUUGCAUGUGGCAUAUUCGAUUAUCUGUUGGGCCUCGAGAGCCCCGCUAAAGUCAUUGCAGCAACCCAUUUCCAUGAGAUUUUCGAGAACAACUUCCUCGCUUUGAGACCCCGACUCCAUCUUGGCUAUAUGGAAGUUCAAGUCUGUGAAGAAAAACAGGAAGUUGAGGACCAGAUCACAUAUCUUUAUAACUUUCGUCCGGGACGAAGUAACAAGAGCUUCGGUACCAUUUGUGCGGCAAUCAACGGUAUUGACCCAGCUAUUGUAUCUCGUGCAAACGAGAUUGCAUCUCUUUCAGCGCGAGGGGAGAACAUUGUCGCAGCAUGUGCUGUUUUAUCUCCAGAGGAGAUGCAAGACUUGGAAGAAGCAACCCUUAUUCUUCUGGAUCUGGUACGUAAUCGCACGUUUGCCAUCCGCACCGACCACCUCUUGCUCAAAGACCUUUCCGCCAAGGCGUGCGGCCUCAGCGUGGGCAUCUGCACGAGCCUGCUUGUCGUCCUUGCGCUUCUUGGAGCGGGACGCCACCAUGUCGUAGUAUUCGUCCUCAGGGGUGCCCUCCUUGGCACCCUCGGCGCGGCGGAGCUCCUUGGCGACACGACGAUCCUCGUCGUCACUAUCACCACCCAGCUGCUGGUCGGCAUUGAGUUCUUUGCGGCCGCGCUUCUCGGCCUCCACAUUGAGACGGGCUUGGCGGUCACGCAGACGUUCGCGGUAUGGGAGAUCGGCAUCUCCGCCGGCAUCCCGGCCUGCUGCGUUGCGCUUGUUAGCCUUCUGGGCCAGCUGCGAGGUGUAGAAACGGAGCGAGCGCUUCUGUUUGGCCUUCUCCUCUGCCUCGUGAGCUGUGAGAGCAUCCUCGUCACCGAAGUCGGAGUCAUCAUCCUUGAGAGGUGCCUUGAUCUUUUGUGUCUUGCGCUUCCGUAA